AUGACCUACCGCGGAGGGAGAAGGGAGAAGGCAGAGCCCUUCGAUCACCUUGUUAAACUUUUGGUCCUCGGCGAUAGUUCUGUUGGAAAGUCGAGCCUUCUUCUGCGCUUUGCAGAAAAUAAAUUCGACCCAAAUUUCGUGCUGACCAUCGGCGUCGACUUCAAAACGAAAGUCGUUGAAUGUGGUGGGCGGCGCAUAAAGAUACAAGUCUGGGAUACAGCCGGCCAAGAGCGCUUCCGUACUAUCACGCCUGCAUACUUCAGGAGCGCCAUGGGGGUCAUGCUGGUGUACGACAUAACGAACAUCCAGACUUUUCACAAUAUCCGUCGCUGGAUGCAAAAUGUGGAGGAAUACGCAGAUCCCAGUAUCGUGCGUGUCCUAAUUGCCAACAAGCUCGACCUGCAGGCCCAGAGGCAGGUGUCUCGGUCCAAGGGGGAGGAUUUGGCACGCGAGUAUUCCAUCCCCUUCAUUGAGACGUCCGCUAAAGGCAACGUCAACGUUGAAGAAGCAUUCAUGUGCGCGGCGAAUAGAAUAAGAGAUAUCCGCUUCUCGCCUGGCCCAGUAGAGUCUGCGGGGGAGCAAAAUCCUGCAGCAUCUUCACAGCAGCUGUAUAAUCAGGUCGUGGUGUCACGGAAAUAUCAUGCUAGGUUAUGUGAUAUUGCCAUAAAUAGCACCGCACCAGAUUGUGAAGGCGACGUUUGUUCACUAUAG